AGCUAUAAUCAUUCUCAUUUGACCAUAUUCCAUGGAAGCAGCAACAUCAAAAACCCUCAUGUUUUGGAUAGCCGCCGUCACCUGCUGCAUAGCCGCAGCGUCGUCAGCGGUGGUUCCAUCGGGAUCGACAGAGAAAACCCAAGAUCUCGGGGGAUGCCUGUUGUCGCUGACGAGUGUAAAAGGCUGCGUUGAGGCAAUCGAGGAGGCUGUUUCGUUCAAGAAGUUUGAUGAACUCCAACAGGAAUGCUGCAAAGCCAUCACUCUGCUGGGCGAUAACUGUUGGCCCAUUCUUUUUCCCGAUCAACCUAUCGUCCCUCUCUUGCUUAAGGCCGUUUGCAAGCUUUUAGGGGACGCUGAGAAAGUUGCAGAAGCACCAUCACCUUAUUACUAGUUUCAUAUUUGCAAGUGCAAUUAUUAUCAUAUCUUAUGGUUUUUGUCUUCUUUUUAUUUUGUCAUGUUUAUGGGUUGUUAUAAAUUAAA